GCGCCGGCUCCGCUGCGCUCGGGCUUGGCGAGGCUGGAGCACAAAGAGCGCUUGUUGCCCCGGUCCCCGGGAGUCUCCCAGCGCUAGCACUGGCUGGGAAGGACUGGUUACCAUGGAGGCUGCCAUCUGUUCGCUCCCUGCUGGAAUGUGAUUAUCCUCGCUGCGUUGGGAACCAGCAAAAGCAGGGGAGCGUGUGCUGCCGGCAAUUAUCUGCAAUGGAGUGCGUUAAUGGAAGGCUGGAAUUAGCUAGCUGGAGGAGCACAUAAAAGGAUUUUUACCAAAACUGUUAAUGAUUUCUAGCCGAGAGGAGCGAGCUUUUUGCAAGGCAGCAGCAUCUGUCCCAAGCCCUUGAUACUGUCUAGAGCUUGUGCAGCGGGUGCCCCAGCCAGGCUUGUGGAGCAGAAUGUACGCUACGAAGCGGCUCAGGGAAUAAAUGGAAGUGUGCCACUCAAACAGUCCCCACGCCCAGCUGCAAGCCCAAAGCCACAAGUGCCUCCAAAGCCAAUUCAUCUGCAGAAGGCAACAUACCAAACCCCUAGGCAUAAAGCUUUAACAAAUCAGAAACCAAGAAUGGAGGAAGAGACACCUGCUGCUGUUUCUAGUGUCACAAAGGAAAAGUCCAGUAAAGUGUCAGAUCUCAUCAACCGUUUUGAGGGAGGCAGCUCACUGAAUCCUACUGAUUUCAAGAAAGAUUCCUCCGUUCUCCACAUCACUAAAUCUCAAGGAAGAUAUGGGUCCACACCAUCACCUCAACCAAAACUCCCCUCCCAGCCCUCACUACAGACACAGGGAAACAGUCACACUGACAGAACUCAGGUUGCACAGCUGCCCACGGCCAACGGCGUGGUGGCGCAGGACCGGCCGGAGGAAGAGGAGCGGCGGUCGCCGGAGCGCGGCUCGGCCGCGUCCACCCCGCUCCCGCUCCCGGACGGUGCCGUGGACAGCAGCUUGACAAACGGGGAAGGAGAAUGCCCUCGCAGAGAGUCCCUGCCAAGUGAGGCUGCCUGUGAGGAGCAGAUGCUCAACAGCUGCCACAGGACUCCCAGCAGUGACACGCUGCUCCCACCCGAAAACGAAACUCUAGGAAUUGAUACUGAUGUCAAGGAAGAGCCAGCUGAGGAAAGCAGUAAACAAGAUCAACCUGUAGAAAUAAAGGAGACAGAUGAGCAGAAACGUCACAAAAUUGCCAAUGAACUUCUGCAAACAGAAAAGGCCUACGUUAGCCGGCUGGACCUCCUCGAUGGGGUAUUCUAUUCCAGACUCCUUGAGGAAGCCAACAGAGGUUCAUUUCCACCUGAAGUGAUUAAUAAAAUCUUUUCCAACAUUUCAUCAAUAAAUGCCUUCCACAGUAAAUUCUUACUUCCAGAACUUGAAAAAAGAAUGCAAGAAUGGACCACCACCCCUAGGAUUGGUGAUAUUCUGCAGAAGUUGGCUCCUUUCCUCAAGAUGUACGGCGAGUACGUGAAGAAUUUCGACAACGCAAUGGAACUGGUGAAAACGUGGACUGAACGGUCACCUCAGUUCAAAUUCAUUAUCCAAGACAUUCAGAAGGAAAAAGUGUGUGGAAAUUUGACAUUGCAACAUCACAUGCUAGAACCAGUCCAACGCAUUCCACGCUACGAGAUGCUUCUAAAGGACUACCUAAGGAAAUUGCCUCAGGAUUCCCUAGACUGGAAAGAUGCUGAAAAAUCCCUGGAAAUUAUAUCCACUGCAGCAAGUCACUCAAAUAGUGCAAUAAGAAAGAUGGAGAAUCUAAAGAAGUUGUUGGAGAUCUAUGAGAUGCUGGGAGAAGAGGAAGACAUUGUGAACCCUUCCAAUGAGCUGAUCAAAGAAGGGCAGAUCCUUAAACUGGCUGCUCGCAACACGUCUGCCCAAGAGCGCUACCUUUUCCUGUUUAACAAUAUGUUGCUCUACUGCGUCCCCAAAUUCAGCCUGGUAGGAUCCAAGUUCUCGGUUCGAACCAGAGUUGGCAUAGAUGGCAUGAAGAUUAUAGAAACCCAUAAUGAAGAAUACCCACACACUUUCCAAGUGUCUGGAAAAGAGAGGACACUGGAGUUGCAGGCCAGUUCUGAACAGGAUAAAGAAGAAUGGAUAAAGGCACUUCAGAGUACUAUUGAAGCUUUUCAGCAGAGGAAUGAAACUUUCAGAAAUGCUAUUGCUAAAGAAUAUGAAGACAUGCCUGUUGAAGUCUCUAAUGCUGAGCUUGGGAAGAGAGCGCCAAGGUGGAUCCGGGACAACGAGGUCACCAUGUGCAUGAAAUGCAAGGAGCCCUUCAACGCGCUGACGAGGAGGAGGCACCACUGCCGAGCGUGCGGACACGUGGUUUGCUGGAAAUGUUCUGAUUACAAAGCGCAUCUCGAAUAUGAUGGCAACAAGUUGAACAAAGUCUGUAAGGAUUGCUAUCAUGUUAUAAUUGGUUGUACAGACAGUGAAGAAAAGAAGAGGAAAGGCAUCUUGGAGAUUGAAUCUGCAGAAGUCUCUGGAAACAGUGUCAUAUGUAGCUUUCUUCAGUACAUGGAGAAGUCCAAGCCCUGGCAGAAGGCAUGGUGUGUCAUACCCAAACAGGAGGCUCUUGUGCUCUACAUGUAUGGUGCUCCACAGGAUGUGAAAGCUCUGGCUACAAUUCCUCUUCUGGGCUACACAGUGGAUGACACUCCAAAAAGUGCUGACCUCCCCCACAGCUUCAAACUGACCCAGUCCAAGUCUGUGCACAGCUUUGCUGCAGACAAUGAGGAACUGAAACAGAAGUGGCUAAAAGUUAUCCAUUUCGCUGUCAAAGGUGAGACACCAGAAUGUCAAAAUGAGCUGCAAGUGAAUUUAGAAGAGCAGCCUGAAUCUUCUAAAAAGUCUGAAUGCUGAAGCACAGGAACACAUGGCAUUUUAAAAAAAUUUUAGUUGAAUUUGUGGUUAACCUUUGUGUUAACCUUUCUUUGCUCAAUCAAGGAAAAAAAAAAGAAAAAAAAAAAAAGAAACUUCUUACUACCAUACACAUCUUGGCACUUUAUGUUUGGGAAAAAUUCUGGUCUUUUUAGGGAUCUUUUUCUUAUAUUUAUGUUCUGUCAAUAAAAGUGAUGUACAGGUCCAUUUCAGAGACUUUUUUAAAAAAUGUGAAUGCUAUUAAAAAUACUUACUAACUUUACUGUACUACUUGUUCGUUGUAAUGCAAUUUUUUUAAAUCCAGUUGCUCUUCAGUUAACAUUUGCUACUUUCAUUAAGAAUGCAAAUAUUUGAAGCUUCCUACUUACAUGUUAGGACUUGCAACAGGAUAAAAGAUAUACCUCCACAUUGCCAAAAUAGAUCUGUACUUAAAUAUGCAGGGACAGUUUGGUUCAAUGUAUGUAGUUUAUAGAUUGAUUUCCACAGUUCUGUACAUAUGUUGUAUUCACUUGUAUCUUUUUAAUUAAAGUAAUGCAAAUUGCUUUCACAGGUAUAUUGGCUUUCAAGGUUUCAAUUUAUCAAGGAAAUAAUCUAAUGAUUUUCAGUGUAGAAAUAAAUACCUAAAAUAUGAGACAACUAUAUAUAAUAUAUGUACAGUAUUAAAAAUGUACAAUACUUGAUUAUUGCUUUGAUUUCAUGAUACUGGGUUCUUAUUAGUGAAUAAUUUAUUUUUAAAAAAGCAUGUUUUCUAUUUGAAAUUAAACACAGUCCUAAAUUGAAAAAUACUGUUCAGUGAUUUGUUUUAAUAGCUGACACCUAAUGAUCUUGAUAUUUUUAUGCAUCAAAAAAUUAGCAGUAAUGUAAGUGGCAUGCAAUGGACAAAUGAGUUCCAGUUGUGUUUAAACAAGUAGUCUCUUUUCUUCAGUGUCCUAUCACUGUUAGCUUCUAAGAGUGCAGUAGUUUGUUGCUCAAUGCAGUAUGUGGUUUGAGAAAAGCAACAGAUUGUAGUAAUCUUCUGGGAAUGUGUAUUUUUGCUAUAAUGGUUAUUGGAGCAAAAGAACAAUUUGAACUUAAGUUUUUUAAUUUUUGUAGAAGAUUAGGUAUUUUAAUGCUUAUUUAUGGCAACAAUCUUCAAGGAUUCUUGUUUUAAAGUGGAGCAUCAUUUAUAAAACUUUAGUAUGAAAUCUGAGCUUGCAAAUCUGAAAUUUUAUGAACUAACAUUAUUUGGUUUUUGUUCCUGGGUACAAGGACUCUCUGGCUUUAAGUUCCUUAUUAAGUUCCUUAUGAACUUCCAUUCCUGUUAGAGUUUUUAUACAUAGAGACAAAUGACUUCCAUAAAAUUUUUACUGUAAUAUCCUUGAGUGAAAUAUGGACAACUCAGAGGUAGUGAUUGACUAUCAAUUAAAAUCAUUGCUGUCUUUUCUUUUUGAAGCCCUUUAAGGAAGGAAAAUACGUAACUUCUACAAUCAGCUUGUCGUGUGAAUAUUCAGAAGUCUUACUUUUCAAUAAAUCUGCAAUCUGUAUUUUAAAUCAUGUCAAGCUGAAGAGCUCAGGUUCAAUUUUUUUAGUUACAUGACAGAUUUAAAUUGUUGGGUUUUUAUAAUGAGUUUGCCAAGCAAACUAUCCACUGAACCCCUACUCCUGCUUUACUCUUUCUGCAACAUUAUAGGGGAAAAAAAACCCCAACUCAUUUUGCAUUUAGCAAGGGAUUCAUAUCUGUUUGUAGUGUUAAGCACACAUGAGCAUGCAGUGUCAUCAUUCCUUCAUAAGAAUGUCAUGUGAGUUAAUGUUAGUUGGAUGGAUUUUGCUCUCACCUGCAAAGAUCCAGGAUCUACCAUAUCCUUUAGAUUCCACAGCUUUACACCAGUGUUAAUAAUGAUCAGGACACAGUAUGGUACUAACUCUCCAGCUGGCUUGGUGCAUGUCCAUUCUGAAUUCUUUUCCUUGGGUGCUCCCUGGGUCCAGAUUGUUCUGGAUAUAACCCUAGUAUUGCCUUUAUCUGAUGUGCAAGCUCUUCUGUAAUUCUCUUUGAGAUUUUAAGUUACUUCUACUGGCAGCUGUGUUUACCUUUAGCAAUGGGCAGCUCAAGCCUGGUUUGAUUCAUGUUGGUGAAUACCAUCAGAUUUUUGCCAAGGUAAUAUAAGAUCUCCCUAGCUAAUAUAUGUAAUCUUACAUAUGCCUUGCCAAGGGAUGGGGGAACAUUCAGGUAAGCAAGCAGAACUCUUGGUGGCUAUCUUUCCUUCAUGGCUGUCUCCCAAGAGUGGGUAUCUUCGACAAGUGCCUCAAGUGCAAUUGUGGGACAUGGGGACUUGUCUUCCCACAUCCCAGUGUAUGAAAACAGUUUCCCAUGGUCAAGGUGUGGCGUGUAAAGGAAGAAGUUGCUUUAAAGGAGUUCUCAGAUAGGAAGGACUGAGCUACAGUGAAAAUAUGAUGAUAUGACUGUAGAGUCAAUUUGGUUGGAAAAGCCCUCUAAGAUCACUGAGCCAACCAUUGCCAGGACUGCCAAGUCCACCACUAAACCAUGUCCCUAAGUGCCACUCAGCCAGCUCCCACAGGAUUUGUGCUCCAGACCCUUCACCAGCUCUGUUGCCUUUCUCUGGGCCCACUGCAGCACUUCCAUGUCCUUCUUAUCCUCUCUUUCAUGUCCCACAACUGGACAUAGCAUGUGAGACACAGCCUUGCCCGUGCCAAGUACAGGGGACAACCACUGCCCUGGUCCUGCUGGCCACACUGUUGGUGGUACAGGCCAGGACACCCUUGGCCUUCUUGCCCACAUGGGCACACUGCUGGCUCUUGUUCAGCUGCUCUCAAACCAGCACUCCCAGGUCCUUUUCCACCAGGCAGCUUUCCAGCCUUUCUUCCCCAAGCCUCUAGUGCUGCAGGGGCUGUUGUGACCCAGGUGCAGGACCUGGCUCUGGGCCUUGUUGAACCUCUUGGAGCUGGCUUGUCCCAUUGAUCCAGCCUGCCUAGAUCUCACUGCAGAGCCUUCCUGCCCUCCAGCAGGUCAGCAUUUUACCCAGCUUGGUGCUGUGUAGUACAUUCUGUUUCCUCCUGCAAAUCUCCUUCUAAGCCAGGCAGGAAGCCCCAUUCCAGUGAAGUGAUUAGAAGUAGCAGUUGCUGUGCUGCCUUAUUGUUAUAGUGGCACUGAGCAGUUGAAGCUCCUUGAAUGGCAGCAUCUCCCAGAUGAAGCCCAGCAUUUGGGCACAAGCAGUUUGAAAUGGGAGUAGUUUGUUUGGAUGUUAGCCUCACGUUUGCUCUCAGCCAUUAAAUUUUAUACAGCAGAGGAUAUUUUAUUUACCCUAGUGAAACCCAUUUCAUGUUCUCAUAAUCAGUUGGUCAGAAUUGUUCUCUUGAGUCAGAAUGCCUUGGCACUCAAAUACAUGGUUCUGUGUGUGUUUUGUGGGAAAAGUAUGUAUUACCAAUAUUAAAGGACAUCAAAAAAUGGAGAAAUUCUAAGGUUAACCACCCUGCUGUCUUCAUUCUCCACAGACAAACCCUCCUAACAGCAUCCCAAACUUUUGCUUUAAAUUGUAAAUUAUGACUGCAGAGGAGCAAACACAAAGUUGUAGCUGCUGUGACUUAAGAAUUAUGAGAAAAACAGUGAAAUUAAAACCAUCAUUCUAACAAGGUAGAAGCUGUUCCCAUUUGAAAUAAAUUCUUAAAUUCUUCAAGGAAAAGAAAAAAGGCAUUACAUUUGGGAGCAUAAAGCUCUGUGUGUAAGGAAUAAACUGUAACUAAGCAUUCAUUCAUAAUACAUGCAUGCAUGUGAAUGGCUCUGCUGAAUUAUUUAAGUUUUGUGACUCUUGUGUUCAAGUAAUGCUUGUUUCUCAGUUUAAAAGUGAUCACUCUUCUGUGCGUUUUAAAGCAGAUCAAAAGUUAUUUUGGUGGUUUUAUCUGUGUUCAACCAGAACAAGACUUAAAUUUAUCAUUCAUAUUUUUGAAUCAUAGCAAUAUAUUUUUUGAAAUUACUUAUUUUUCCCCCUACCAUAGAAAAAUAGUGUAUCACGAUAUCUGCAUGUCUGCACCAUUCUUCCAGACACUCUAAAAAUUCUUUUUUGGUAUCAGGUACUCCUGCUUGGUUGAAGAGCUGCUAUAAAACCUGUAUUAUGUAGUACUUUCAAAUCCCUUUAUGCCAAGUAGUUCUGUUUAUUUCUAAGUGUAUUUAACUUAUAUGUGCAAAAUAGAUAUUGAGAGUACAAAACAUUCUCUUCUAUUUGGAAUAGAACAUUAAACCACUUUAAUUGCAUGUAUAUAUAGUCGCACCUUUUUAUGCAAAACCAUCUCAAAGUGCUUUAUAAAUCUCCUCAAAGAUUCUAACUCUUUUUCAUAGAAAAGAAGAUUUUUAUUGCUCAUGUUUUUAAGUUAUGGAUGAAGGCAAGGCACUGAUUAAAUAUAGAGUAAAUACACUACCACCUAAGUAAAAUUUGGGUGAGGUUAUAGAAGUAUGCUCCACAGACUUCCAAGUGGAGUCAGAAGGAAAAAGAAUACGUAUAUUAAAACAAGUGGGAAAGAUGUGGAAACACUUGACAGGUUGUUUGGAUUCCUCACCACAUAGCUAGUAUAAAAAAUCAUCAGCUUUUCAUGUCAAGGAAAGAUUAAAUAAAAUUAAGAGAGGGUAGUUGUUUCUUAUACUGAAGGAAAGACUUUCUGGAAAGAAAUAAACAUUCCAUGUGGAAAUAAUCCUAAGCAAUAACAAAAGCUCUUUCUCCAUAUAGCUGGUAUAAACUAGCAUGGGCCUGCUGGAGCUAUUAUACCUUCAGUGAUUGAAAUUCACAUAGAAUCUGCCUUACAUUACAUAAGGACACUUGUGGAAGAUGACACUUCCACCAGUUAGGGAGCUGCUGAGAUACCACGUCUCACCUGGACUCACAGAGCUCAGGUGAACUUCAGAUGGAGGUAAUGGAUGUAGGGGUGAAUGUAAACAACUGGAAAUAUAUAUCCAAAAUAAAUGACUGGAGAGAAGGAAUUUUGUGGCAGAACUGACUACCCUUAAGGUAAAUCCAUUGGUGAAAUGGGCAUCAUUCUUAGUCUCUGUGGUGUGCUGUUGUUUGAAAUCUGAAAUUAAAUACAUGGGGUUAAUGCUUUUUGCUCUAGUCUGUGGCCCUGUUGGUGUGAGGAAUUUAUCCAGCUGGUUCUGACCCAUGGGACUGUAGUAUGUUCCUCAGAUAGGAGUUUUAAUCUGCUAGUCAGAUUGUUUCCUAAAUCCUUUUCCUUUAACAGAUGAUAACAUUAAUUUAAUGAUUACAUAUGUGUGUGUAUAUACACAUAUGCAUAUGUGUGUAUAUGUAUAUAUGUGUAUUUAUGUAUUUGAGACUAUUAUUCAGAUUACUUGUUUUCAAGCAGUAUUUUACAAUCAAAAAAAUUACACUGUGCUGCAUUCAAAAUAGAAUGUAUAAUGAUUGUGUUGAGUAUGCUUUCCAGAAAAAGAUGGAGGUAGAUCUGCUAUUGUGGCAUGUUUACUAUUUCAGCCUAUAAAAACAAACAGAGAAGCCCUCACAAACAUGCUAAUUCCAGUGAGGCAUUUCAAUCAGCUUCCUUUGAAACCUCGUGAUUAAAUUUCUUCCCAGAAUGAACUAUGGCAUUUUGUUUCACCCCUUCCUCUUCCUAACACAAGUGAAUGUAGAAUGGUUUUUUUUCUCAAAAUCCUCAAGCAGAUUUCUUUGAAUAAAACAUGUUUCCAGCCACUGCAUAACACCAGCCUACUUCUGUUUAUAGUUCAUCCUCGUAGAUUCAUUAAGUAUUUAUGGUGAAAACAUUCAGAAAAGAGGGAACUAUAUCAAAGCAUUUUUGCAUCUUUGUGACCUGGUAUUUUUAAGCCAAAUUUGUUGCAUGUAGAGAACAGUUUGCAAUAGAAAUAUUAUUUUUUCUAUCAUUGUUUUUCCUAUUCUGCAGCUGUUAAGGCAGAUUAAUAUAGUAAUUUUAGUGUGAGCUGUAUCAGCUGUAAUGUUUGACAUCAGAAUUACAGGUUAUACAUGUUCAUUUCCCUUCAUCAUGGAAGCAUUUCUGAUUUUAAUUGCAAAAAGGCUUUCUAAAAAAAAUAAAUUGGAAGAAUUGUAAAUUUGUUUUGGUUUUGCAAUAAAGUGAAUAAUAUUAAAAAGGUGAAAUACAAAUGCCAUUGUAAGUUGUGCAAAUGUAAGUCGUCAUUUUUAUGGUUAAGAAAUAUAUGAAUGUAAAAAUGUUGAAGAUAUUGUACAUAUUUUCUGUAAUAUAUGUAUAUUUGAUCCUAAGGUGGGUGGAGAAUUGUAAAAAUUAAGCACUUUAAUUCAUGUUGAGUACUUAAAAAGAACAGAAAUUUGUAUCCUGUAAAAUAAAAGCAUCAUUAAAUAAGUA